AUGUUCCAGAUGAUUAUUCUAGUCUACUGCAGAAGUGAGAUAUUAGGAGAAAGCAUCGGUGAGGUGAAAAGAGUUACAGACAUGCACGAGAGGAAGUCAGAAAUGGUUAAGAAUGCAGAUGCUUUCAUUGCUCUUCCAGGUGGCUAUGGAACCAUGGAGGAGCUUCUUGAGAUAAUAGCUUGGUCUCAGCUUGGCAUCCACCACAAACUAGUUGGGAUUCUGAAUGUGGACGGUUACUACAACGAUUUGAUCCAACUGUUUGACAAAGGAGUGAGAGAAGGGUUCAUCGAGGACUCUGUGAGUCACAUUGUCAUUUCGGCAGACAAUGCGGAAGAACUUCCAAGGAAAAUGGAGGCCAAGGCAGGAGAGGAGAGGAGGAGAGAAGCCAACAAGAAAAGGAGAAGCAGCUAGUCUGCAGGCCCUUCUUUGUGGAUGCUUGCAGGUUAUAAUUCAGAAGUUUUUAUGCAGUAUGCUGACCAGAUAAUAAAAUUUUUUCCAGCUCGUGUAUGGUUUUUGAAUAUUGUAUAUCUGCUAGUUGUUGUUGUUGAGAUGGAGGAAAUUUAUCCUUGCAUUCUUUGUAUUUGCGUAUCUUGGCUCAAGUAUGAUUUCUGAAUUAUGUGAUUGCAUAUUGUGCUGAUGGAGGAAAUUGAUGGUAAAAAGAUUG